CGCGCUCGCGCUCUUUGCCUAGAGCAGCUGUUGGGCGCUCGGCAGAAGUGGAAACGCUGCCGCUGGUAGAGCUCACGCGCCAUAGUGGCUGCGGCCGCGCGCGCUGUGAGGGAGGACGGGGAGUGUGUGCUGGAGCACAAGAGGGCAGCGGCAGGAGCUGUCUCGGCUUUCUGGGCACUCCCCCCUCACCCGACUAGCCGAACCUGAGUUUGUAGAUGGGGCAGAGCUGUGCCCGCUGAGGAGGAGCUGGGGCCAGCCGCAGCAAUGCAGCAAGUUUUGGAUAAUCUUACUGAUCUGCCCACAUCAACAGGAGCUGAAGAAAUAGACCUGAUUUUCCUCAAAGGAAUUAUGGAGAACCCUAUUGUAAGAUCACUUGCUAAGGCUCAUGAGCGACUGGAAGAUUCUAAACUUGAGGCUGUCAGUGACAACAACCUGGAGCUAGUGAAUGAAAUUCUUGAAGACAUCAGUCCUUUAAUAAACAAAGAUGAAAGUAUUGCAGAAUUAGUUGGUAUACUGAAGGAUCCUCAUUUUCAGUCACUCUUGGAAGCCCAUGAUAUUGUGGCAUCAAAGUGUUAUGAUUCCCCUCCUUCUAGCCCAGAAAUUAAUAAUUCUUCAGUGAACAACCAGGUAGUACCAGUAGAUGCCAUUCGUAUACUUGGCAUUCACAAACGAGCAGGGGAGCCACUGGGUGUUACAUUUAGGGUUGAGAAUAAUGAUCUAGUAAUAGCACGAAUCUUGCAUGGCGGAAUGAUAGAUCGACAAGGUCUUCUGCAUGUGGGUGACAUCAUUAAAGAGGUGAAUGGCCAUGAAGUUGGAAACAAUCCAAAAGAGCUACAAGAACUACUGAAAAAUAUUAGUGGCAGUGUCACUCUGAAAAUUCUUCCCAGCUAUAGAGACACUGUUAUUCCUCAACAGGUAUUUGUGAAGUGUCAUUUUGAUUAUAAUCCAUACAAUGACAACCUGAUCCCAUGCAAAGAAGCAGGUUUGAAAUUUUCUAAAGGAGAAAUUCUUCAAAUCGUAAACCGUGAAGACUCAAAUUGGUGGCAGGCUAGCCAUGUCAAAGAAGGAGGAAGUGCUGGCCUUAUACCUAGCCAGUUCCUGGAAGAGAAGCGGAAGGCAUUUGUUAGGAGGGACUGGGAUAAUUCGGGGCCCUUUUGUGGAACAAUAAGUAGCAAAAAAAAGAAAAAGAUGAUGUACCUCACAACUAGAAAUGCAGAAUUUGAUCGUCAUGAAAUCCAGAUAUAUGAGGAGGUAGCCAAAAUGCCUCCUUUUCAGAGGAAGACAUUGGUCUUAAUAGGGGCCCAGGGAGUGGGUCGAAGAAGCUUGAAAAACAGAUUUAUAGUAUUGAAUCCUAAUAGGUUUGGAACUACAGUGCCAUUUACUUCACGAAAGCCAAGGGAUGAUGAAAAAGAUGGGCAAGCAUACAGAUUUGUGUCACGAGCUGAAAUGGAGGCAGAUAUUAAAGCUGGCAGAUACUUAGAACAUGGAGAGUAUGAAGGAAACCUUUAUGGCACCAAAAUAGAUUCCAUCCUUGAAGUGGUUCAGACUGGAAGGACAUGCAUCUUGGAUGUGAACCCACAGGCCUUGAAAGUAUUGAGGACUUCAGAGUUUAUGCCCUAUGUAGUGUUUAUUGCUGCUCCAGAGUUAGAGACUCUGCGUGCUAUGCACAAGGCUGUGGUGGAUGCUGGAAUUACAACCAAACUUCUAACAGACACUGAUUUGAAAAAAACAGUUGAUGAAAGUGCACGGAUUCAGAGAGCAUACAACCACUAUUUUGAUCUCAUCAUUGUAAAUGACAAUCUAGACAAAGCCUUUGAGAAGCUACAGACUGCUAUAGAGAAAUUGAGGUUGGAGCAACAAUGGGUCCCAAUUAGUUGGGUAUACUGACAGAUUUUUGAAGAUGGACUUAGCUAACAAAUGAAAUUAGCUGCAACAAACAUUCUCAGAAGACAUUCUGUGGAGAUGGAAGAUACCUGCAGCACCCUUGCAUUUUUACUCUAUGUAUAUUCAGAUGAUAGUACACUAUUCUGAGUUUUUAUAUAACAUAUUGAAGGAAAAGUGUACUUAAAUAUGUAAUUUAUUUUAAUUUUUCUAACUUUUUACAGGUAACCUUUCUAUUCAUGUCACAUGAAGGAAAUGCGUUGAAGCAUUUUUAUAUGUUUUAAUUUAGUACCUUUGCCUUUUUCAUCUAAACUUUCAAGUCAUUCACUUUAACAUUUACAUUUUGGUCUUACAUUUUCACUGUGAUAAGGAAGGAUACUUGAAACAAUUUUUGUAAAACUCUUGUUCAAGUUAGUGUUCAUCUGGUCAAAGGUCAGUUGUUGUUAGGAAAGAACACUAAAUCUUUUCCUAAUAGGCACCUUUAAAUUAUUUUUUUUAUGGGAGCAGAAUUUUAAAUAUUAAAGCAGCAACCAGCACUGCUUUGCUACAUUGCUCUGACAUUUUUCUGCUCAAUGUUUAUACACUUUUGCAGUUUCAUGGUUUCUUAUUGUCUAUUUUGAUUUAGACAGAUGUACUGUAGACUUCCCCUCUGUGUACCGUUAAAAAACAAUGAUGUAAAACAAUACCUUGCACUCUACUUAUUAUGCUGUUCUUGGGAGCCAACCUUUUAGCCCAUUACAGUUGAGGUACUGAUGUCAGAAAGGUUGUAUGUAAUGUAAGUCAUUGUAGUUAGGAUCAUAGUGAAGUAGCUGAGAAGAGAGCCUUAUACUGCAGAGCCUUACAAUGAGGCUUGGCGUGUAAGACUAUUUAUUCACACUUGUGAAAACACAUGACUAAAGAAACCUGCUUUUUUAUUGAGACAUUGUUCGGUAUUUGUAUGUUGAUCUGUGAAUUGAGUUCCUGUGAUAUUUAGCUGGCUCUUAUUUUACAUUUUGGAAUAUUGUGAGUGAUCAGCUGUUUGUGUUUAUGAAAUGUGAUGUGAUGUGAUGAGAUUUUUGUGCUAUUUGUUAUAUUGUGUUUAAACUGCAUUCUUCUCUGGAUAGCUUGUGAAAUUAGAAAGUUGUUGUCAGAUGCUAAAAAUCAAUGUUAUUUAUAUUUUGUUUUAUAACAGGAUUUUUUUGUUUCGUGAUGAAAUAAUUCUCCAUUCAGUAGACUGACUGGCAUAAUUCCUGUUAUCUCCAAAUUCAUAUUGAUUCAUAUUUUCAAGACUUUUACUAAUAUAAAUUCUCCUUAACAUGUAUAAAGUGAAAAUACAAAGUGUCACUAAGACAAACUUUUCUUGUGACCAUAUUUUAUAUUACACUAGCUCUUGUAUAUAGUCACAUUUCUUCAUCAGUUACCAGCUUUAUGAGCCUAAAUUACAGUCAUCUAUCCACUUAAUUUAUUUUCUCUCUGGUGACAGGCACCUGUCUUCUGCAGUUUUUUCCAUGCCAAAGCAUAUUACACAGAAUGCCAACAAAAAGAGGACUUCUGCUGAAUUCUGUUUCUGAUGAAAAACCCAAAAGAGUAGAUACACUGUAAAAACAAUAGUGUGCUCUUGGGCUUUUAAAGUUUUUUGAUUAUGUACACAAGAAAACAGGGUUCAGGUAGUUUUAUGUAGUUACUUUAUACAAAGAAACCGUGAGUCUCAAAAGUUAUAGACAAUCAAAAAACCCCUAAAAUAUUUUUCAAAGAUUCCAGUAUAUUUUGUAAAUGUUAUACAAAAUCUUGCAUAGCCUUGGUUGUCUUUGUGGCUCUUGGUAUUGAGAUUUCAGUUUUUUAAAGUGAGUCUGAAACUUUUAAGGAAAACUGGUAUCACUACUUUGUUUUUAUUCUGUUAAAUUCUGCAAAGUAUAUAUGGGUUUAUUUCUUUUCUUUUUAAAAGUUGGGUAGAUUUCAUAAUAUGUGGUGCCAGCAUGACACUUUUUUCUAUUUGGUACUCUCAGGAGACUAGGUUCUAUGAUGCUACUGCUCUAAAGGUACUGUGAGGAAUAGAUCUGUUGUUGCCAACAAAUAGCAGAGCCUUUGCUUGAAUAUUUUAAAGAUUCAGUCUUGGUACUAUAGGACUUUAUAGCUAUGAUUGAUCUAUCAGUGUCCUUGUUGUAUGCUAUGUAAUAGGAGAUAAACAUGUACUGUAUGUGGGAAAUGUUAUCUGGACAGACACUACGCCUUUCAUUAUGAGUUAUAAAGGACUAACUCCUGAACUGUGAUGCCAAAAGUGGGUUGAGCUAGCUCCUCCCUAAUGAGUGACAUUAGAAGAUUUUACUUUCCACACUGUAGUGCCAUAUAUUGCAAAUUUCACUUACUUUGCAGCUUUGUCAGAGCGUAUUUUGCCAAAUGGAAAUGUAGGCACCAAGGUCUAGUCAGAAAACUACUGUACUACUUCCAGUACUAUCAUAGAAAUAGGACUGUCAAAAGGGACAGUGUGGUGGUAGUUUGUGCUGGGGCCUAGGCCCUCCUGUGUUCAGUAGCAUGCAAAAUGUGAAAUUGAUCACACUGGAGCCUAUCAUAAGUGCCAUCAGGCCUGCUGUAUCCUUUUAGGUAUUUAACGUAGAAGCAGCUGGGGAGUGUGAUUCUGGGACUCCUUCAUAGGAAGGAUUGUCUGACAGGAUGUAUAUAGGAACCUAGUGUAUCGAAACCUUAAUGGGGAUUAUCUGGAUCUCUACACUUAAGGUGGUAAGCAAAAUAAACUCUUUACCAGACUUUUUUUUACCAAAUCUUUCAAAUUUAGUGAAGUAUGCUUUCCUCAUUGAGGACCAGGUUAGCUAUAUAAACACACCUGCUUUGGAUUUAAAACAACAACAGUUCAGAAAACAUUGAAACUUUUCUUUAAACUAUAAAAAAUAGGUGUCAGCGCAUAUGGUCACUCAAAUUGCUGAAUUUUUUUCUUUUACUCUUUUAAAAAAAAAUCUUCUAGUCUGACAGCAAUGAGAAUUUUGAAUUCAAACUAACCUUUUAGAGAGGUUGCCAUUCACCAGACGGUUAGAGAAUGAAGAUGCUAUUUCCAUCAUGAUAGUUUCAUCUCAUAAUACAUAUUGGUAGAAAGGGUGGUAGGCUAGAACAGUGGUUCUCAACCUUUCCAGACUGUUAUACCACUUUCAGGAGUCUGAUUUGUC